AUGACCGACUUCUGGCCCAAGAAACCCUUCUCCAUCGCCAUUGUUGGCGGAGGUCUUGCCGGCCUCAGCCUGGCUCGGGGCCUCCUCCGCCGUGGCAUCAGCUGUCAAGUCUUUGAGGCUGCACCCGCCUUCGCUGAUAUCGGAGCGGGUCUCAGCUUUGCUCUCAAUUCCCUGGAGGCACUAAAGGCCGUCGAUCCUGACUCUUACGAAUGUUUUCUCAAGCGGUGCAGCGAAAUGUCAGAGAAGAAGGACGUGUACAUGACGUACCGAGAUGGGAACGCAGAAGACAACCACGCGCUCACGACACUGUACUGCAAAGGUUCUGGGCAGCAGGCCGUGCACCGUACCCUGCUGGUCAAGGACAUGGUGUCCCUAAUGCCCGAUGGUACGUGGCACAUGGACAAAAGGCUGACCACCAUCGAGGAGAAUCUUUCCGGCGGUGUUACCUUGAGCUUCGAGGACGGCACAAUGUUUGACGCCGAUGCUGUGGUCGGUGCGGACGGAAUCAAAUCCAAGACUCGCCAAAUCCUCUUGGGGCCAGACAAUCCCGACGCUAAGCCGAAGUAUUCGGGAGAGUUCGGUUACCGCAGCCUCGUGCCCAUGGAAAAGGCUGUAGAAGUUCUUGGGGAGGACUUUGCAAAGAACGGCAAUGUUAAUAUCUCCGAUGGUGCCCUCACAACUACAUACCCCGUCGAAAAGGGGACGAUGCUCAAUGUUGUAGCAGCACGGAACCAGCCGACCUGGGACGAUCCCAACUGGGUCAUUCCAGCAAACAAGGAGACGGUCGAGGAAGAAUUCAAGGGAACGGGACCACAGAUGCAGAAAGUGGUGUCGCUAUUGGAGAAUCCGCAGAAAUGGUCCCUUUGGCACCACCCAGAGGCCGCGACCUUCUAUCGUGGUCGAUUUUGUAUUAUUGGCGAUGCUGCACACGCGGCCACUCCUCACCAAGGCGCAGGUGCCGGGCAAGCAUUCGAAGAUGCUUUAGUUCUCGCUCGGCUGUUGGCGGAUGACAACAUCAAAACAGCUGAUGACAUUGAGACCGCAUUUGCCGCAUUCGACGCCAUCCGCCGCCCACGGACUUUAAAGAUCGUCGAUACCAGCAGGGAAAACGGCAUGAUCUGCAUGAAGAAGGGUGAGAAAACCGGCACCGACCUCGAGAAGAUCAAGAAGAAUUUAGACCACAGAUUUGAUUGGAUCUGGUACGACGACCUCGAAAGGCAGGUCGACGAAGCCAAAGAAAAAGUGAAGGAACUGAAAGGUGCGGAAUUCGAGGUAGACAAAAGAUCUCCCUCCCAGCGCGAGGCUCUUGACGAGUCGUCUCUGGAAGCCUCCUACCGUCCUGCGAUUCUCAGAAAUGAGAGCCUUUCGCUGCUUGGGUUUCCGGCAGCAACAGCGGUCAAGGUGUGA